GUUCGCGCUGCGGCGGGAGGUGGCUGCCGGGUGGGAGGUGUGUGCGCGUGUGCCGCGCCGUAGGGAGCGGCGGGUCGCGCUGCCGGCUGUCAGCUAGCUCCGCGCCGCCGCCCGAUGGCGCGAGGAGGCGCGCGGGCCCAGCCCCGGGGGGCCGGCCGCGGGUGAGCCCCUCGGCCUGCCGCCCGCGAGCAUGUCACCUCCAGCCGCCGCCGCCGCAGCCUCCGCCAGCCGCGCCCGCGCCCCCGCCUCCCGCAGCCGCAGCCGCUGCCUCGGGCACUGGCCCCCAGACCCCCGCCUCUGAUCCACGCCCAGACCCUAGCGCCAGAGGGCCAUGGCCGGCCAGGGGGACUGCUGCGUCAAGGUGGCCGUCAGGAUCCGGCCCCAGCUGUCGAAGGAGAAGAUUGAGGGCUGUCACAUCUGUACCUCUGUUACCCCGGGAGAGCCCCAGGUCCUGCUGGGGAAGGACAAGGCCUUCACCUAUGACUUUGUCUUCGACCUGGACACCUGGCAAGAACAGAUCUAUUCCACCUGUGUGAGCAAGCUCAUCGAGGGCUGCUUCGAAGGCUAUAAUGCCACGGUGCUGGCCUAUGGGCAGACGGGGGCUGGGAAGACGUACACCAUGGGCACCGGCUUUGACAUGGCAACGUCGGAGGAGGAGCAGGGCAUCAUCCCGAGGGCCAUCGCACACCUCUUUGGGGGCAUUGCCGAGCGCAAGCGUCGGGCACAGGAGCAGGGCAUGGCUGGACCUGAGUUCAAAGUCAGCGCCCAGUUUCUGGAGCUCUACAACGAGGAGAUCCUUGACCUGUUUGACAGCACCCGUGACCCUGACACCCGCCACCGCAGGUCCAACAUCAAGAUCCACGAGGACGCAAACGGUGGCAUCUACACCACUGGCGUCACUUCUCGCCUCAUCCACUCCCAGGAGGAGCUGAUCCAGUGCCUGAAGCAGGGGGCCCUGUCCCGCACCACAGCCAGCACCCAGAUGAACGUGCAGAGCUCACGCUCCCACGCCAUCUUCACCAUCCACCUGUGCCAGAUGCGCAUGUGCACCCAGCCUGACCUGGUGAAUGAGGCGGUGACCGGGCUUCCUGAUGGUACACCUCCCUCGAGUGAGUAUGAGACACUCACUGCUAAGUUUCACUUUGUGGACCUGGCCGGCUCAGAGCGGCUGAAGCGGACAGGGGCUACUGGCGAGCGGGCCAAGGAGGGCAUCUCCAUCAACUGUGGCCUGCUGGCCUUGGGCAAUGUGAUCAGCGCCUUAGGAGACCAGAGCAAGAAGGUGGUGCACGUUCCCUACAGGGACUCCAAGCUCACUCGGCUCCUCCAGGAUUCGCUGGGGGGCAACAGCCAGACCAUCAUGAUCGCCUGUGUGAGCCCCUCAGACCGAGAUUUCAUGGAGACCCUCAACACACUCAAAUAUGCGAAUCGGGCCCGCAACAUCAAGAACAAGGUGGUAGUGAACCAGGACAAGACCAGCCAGCAAAUCAGUGCACUGCGGGCUGAGAUUGCUCGGCUGCAGAUGGAGCUGAUGGAGUAUAAGGCGGGCAAGCGAGUGAUAGGAGAGGAUGGUGCCGAGGGCUAUAGUGAUCUGUUCCGAGAGAAUGCCAUGCUACAGAAGGAGAAUGGGGCCCUGCGGCUGCGGGUGAAAGCCAUGCAGGAGGCCAUCGACGCCAUCAACAACCGCGUCACCCAGCUCAUGAGCCAGGAGGCCAACCUGCUGCUAGCCAAGGCCGGCGAUGGCAAUGAGGCCAUUGGUGCGCUGAUCCAGAACUACAUCCGGGAGAUCGAGGAGCUACGGACUAAGCUUCUAGAGAGUGAAGCCAUGAACGAGUCCCUGCGCCGCAGCCUCUCACGGGCCUCGGCUAGGAGCCCCUACUCCCUGGGUGCUUCUCCAGCCGCCCCGGCCUUCGGGGGCAGCCCUGCCAGCUCCAUGGAAGAUGCCUCGGAGGUGAUCCGCAGGGCCAAGCAGGACCUGGAGCGGCUAAAGAAGAAGGAGGUCAGGCAGCGGAGGAAGAGCCCCGAGAAGGAAGCCUUCAAAAAGAGGGCAAAACUCCAACAGGAGAACAGCGAGGAGACGGAUGAGAACGAGGCAGAGGAGGAGGAGGAAGAGCGAGACGAGAGUGGCUGUGAGGAGGAGGAAGGGCGCGAGGAUGAAGAUGAGGACUCGGGCAGUGAAGAGAGCCUGGUGGACUCAGACUCAGACCCCGAGGAGAAGGAGGUGAACUUCCAGGCGGACCUGGCCGACCUGACUUGUGAGAUCGAAAUCAAGCAGAAGCUGAUCGACGAGCUGGAGAACAGCCAGCGGCGGUUGCAGACGCUCAAGCACCAGUAUGAGGAAAAGCUGAUUCUGCUGCAGAACAAGAUCCGAGACACACAGCUGGAGCGCGACCGCGUGCUGCAGAACCUCAGCACCAUGGAGUGCUAUACUGAGGAGAAGGCCAACAAGAUCAAGGCAGACUAUGAGAAGAGGCUGCGGGAGAUGAACCGGGACCUGCAGAAGCUGCAGGCUGCCCAGAAAGAGCACGCCCGGCUGCUUAAGAACCAGUCGCGCUAUGAGAGGGAGCUGAAGAAGCUACAGGCCGAGGUGGCUGAGAUGAAGAAGGCCAAGGUGGCCCUGAUGAAGCAGAUGCGUGAGGAGCAGCAGCGGCGGCGGCUAGUGGAGACCAAGAGGAACCGGGAGAUCGCACAGCUCAAGAAGGAGCAGCGGCGACAGGAGUUUCAGAUCCGAGCUCUGGAGUCCCAGAAGCGGCAGCAGGAGAUGGUCCUGAGGAGGAAGACCCAGGAGGUUUCUGCACUGAGACGCCUGGCCAAGCCCAUGUCUGAGCGGGUGGCAGGGCGUGCAGGACUAAAGCCACCCAUGCUGGACUCUGGGGCUGAGGUCUCGGCCAGCACUACCUCAUCUGAGGCUGAAUCAGGGGCCCGCUCUGUCUCCAGCAUCGUGCGCCAGUGGAACCGCAAAAUCAACCACUUCUUGGGGGACCAUCCUGCGCCCACUGUCAAUGGCACCCGUCCUGCCCGAAAGAAGUUCCAGAAGAAGGGAGCCAGCCAGAGCUUCAGUAAGGCGGCAAGGCUCAAGUGGCAGUCCCUGGAGCGACGGAUCAUUGACAUCGUCAUGCAGAGAAUGACCAUUGUCAACUUGGAGGCUGACAUGGAGCGACUCAUCAAGAAAAGGGAGGAGCUGUUCCUCCUGCAGGAGGCACUGAGGAGGAAGCGGGAGCGGCUGCAGGCUGAGAGCCCCGAGGAGGAGAAGGGGCUGCAGGAGCUGGCCGAGGAGAUCGAGGUGCUGGCAGCCAACAUUGACUACAUCAAUGACAGCAUCACCGACUGCCAGGCCACCAUCGUGCAGCUGGAGGAGACCAAGGAGGAGCUGGACUCCACAGACACAUCCGUGGUCAUCAGCUCCUGCUCGUUGGCUGAAGCCCGACUCCUGCUAGACAACUUCCUCAAGGCAUCCAUUGACAAGGGGCUGCAAGUGGCACAAAAGGAAGCCCAGAUCCGGCUGUUGGAGGGCCGACUGAGGCAGACGGAUAUGGCAGGCUCCUCCCAGAACCAUUUGCUCCUGGACGCCCUGCGUGAGAAGGCUGAAGCUCACCCCGAGCUGCAGGCCCUCAUCUACAAUGUGCAGCAGGAGAACGGCUACGCCAGCACAGAUGAGGAGAUCUCAGAGUUCUCUGAGGGGAGCUUCUCCCAGUCAUUCACCAUGAAAGGCUCCACCAGCCAUGACGAUUUCAAGUUCAAGAGCGAGCCCAAACUGUCUGCCCAAAUGAAAGCUGUGUCGGCCGAGUGCCUGGGCCCCCCACUGGAUAUCUCCACCAAGAACAUCACCAAGUCCCUGGCCUCCCUCGUUGAGAUCAAAGAGGACGGAGUGGGCUUCUCUGUCCGAGACCCCUAUUACCGGGACAGGGUCUCGCGCACCGUCAGCCUGCCUACCCGGGGCAGCACUUUCCCCAGGCAAUCUCGAGCCACAGAGACGUCCCCGCUGACAAGAAGGAAGUCCUACGACCGAGGGCAGCCCAUUAGGUCCACAGAUGUGGGAUUCACACCCCCAUCAUCCCCUCCCACUCGGCCCCGCAAUGACCGCAAUGUCUUCUCUCGUCUCACCAGUAAUCAGAGCCAGGGGUCAGCGCUGGACAAGUCUGAUGACAGCGACUCCUCUUUGUCGGAGGUCCUGAGGGGCAUCAUCUCCCCGGUUGGAGGAGCCAAGGGUGCACGGACGGCCCCACUGCAGUGUGUCUCCAUGGCCGAAGGCCACACCAAGCCCAUCCUCUGCCUGGAUGCCACAGAUGAGUUGCUAUUCACAGGGUCCAAAGACCGAAGCUGCAAGAUGUGGAACUUGGUUACGGGACAGGAGAUCGCAGCUCUAAAGGGCCACCCCAACAACGUGGUCUCCAUCAAGUACUGCAGCCACUCGGGGCUUGUGUUCUCCGUGUCCACCUCCUACAUCAAGGUGUGGGACAUCCGGGACUCAGCCAAGUGCAUUCGGACUCUCACGUCCUCGGGCCAGGUGAUCUCAGGGGAUGCCUGUGCCGCCACAUCCACCCGUGCCAUCACCAGUGCUCAGGGCGAGCAUCAGAUCAACCAGAUCGCCCUCAGCUCUUCGGGCACCAUGCUGUAUGCCGCCUCAGGCAAUGCCGUCCGCAUCUGGGAGCUUAGCAGGUUCCAGCCUGUCGGCAAGCUGACUGGCCACAUCGGCCCUGUGAUGUGCCUGACGGUCACUCAGACGGCCAGCCAGCACGACCUCGUGGUGACUGGCUCCAAGGACCACUACGUUAAGAUGUUCGAGCUGGGCGAGUGUGUGACGGGCACCAUUGGCCCCACUCACAACUUCGAGCCCCCGCACUACGAUGGCAUCGAGUGUCUCGCCAUCCAGGGAGACAUCCUGUUCAGUGGCUCCCGAGAUAACGGCAUCAAGAAGUGGGACCUAGACCAGCAGGAGCUCAUCCAGCAAAUCCCCAAUGCGCAUAAGGACUGGGUGUGCGCCCUGGCCUUCAUCCCGGGCCGCCCCAUGCUGCUCAGCGCCUGCCGUGCGGGUGUCAUCAAGGUCUGGAACGUGGACAACUUCACACCCAUCGGUGAGAUCAAGGGCCACGACAGUCCCAUCAAUGCCAUCUGCACCAAUGCCAAGCAUAUCUUCACAGCCUCCAGUGACCUGACGGUGAAGUUCUGGAGUGUCCGGCGGUUACCCCACAGCGGCCCACCCUAGGAGUGAGGUCAGAGGGAUGCCCCCGGACCCUCGACCCCAGCAGCCUGGACACCAUGGAAGGGAAGCUGUGACCCAGCCGAUGGGGCCAGCUGCUCUGGGGACAGAGGGCGUGGCCCCCUCUCCUGCCCUCCUCCCUCUCCCUUGGCCUUCCCACAGGACACUGUUCCCUCAUCCCUCCCCUGCCUCUCAGGAGCCUCUGGGUGAGAGAGAGGCUGGGGAGGAAAUUAAGCUGUGAAGCCAAAGGGCAUUAUCCCUUCUUGUUCCCCUCCUGGCAGUCGUGGCCACAUUGUCUCCUGCUGAACCGGCUCUGCCCCUUUCUCAGGCCUUUGGCCCAGUGGUGGGGCCCUGUGGGGAGGUGCAGCAGCCUGGCCCCAUCCCACCCUUCCGAGGAGCUGGCCUCCCCGCUUCUCCCAGCCCAGCCUCUAGAGCCACUGCACCUGCCUCUGAGCCCAAAAAGAUAGUCCUCAGGUAGCUAAGGAAACCAGGUGUGGGCGGCUGGGCCUUGCAGCUAACCCUUAACCCUCUGGCAACCCGCAGGUACCCCCAACUGGCCCCAGCAGUUCCCUGGGGUCCCUUUUGGAUGGGGCCAAGGUGGAGCUGCUAGAAAGAUUCCUUUGGGGAGAUGGUCAGAAAUACUUCACUUAUUUAUUAUUUUGUUAUUUUUAUUUUUUGCUGUUGCCUCCUGGAAACGGACUUGAAGUUUCUUCCCCUAUAUUCUUUCCCUCAGCUCUUGGGGGCCAGAAAUCCCAAAGGGAGUCCGCGGCCCCGGCCCUCCAGGGCCGCCUCCUCUGUUUGCUUUGCGGAGGAGGGAACUGCUCCUUCGACUCUGCAGCUCGGGCCUGUCCCCGACACAGCCCCCAGGGAGUCUUCUAGCUACCCCUGGCCUCUAGGCCGCCUGACGCUCAGUGCCUUCCUCCGUUCCGGGGCCUGGCACCCGUGCCGGGCAGCCUUACACCAGCCAUGCCCGCGGCACCACAUGUGUCUUCUCACUCGCGAGGUCUCGUGCCCAGCGCCCCCGGGAAGGCGGGGGCGCUCACCCCACAGCCCAGGCCCCGGGGUCCUGCCCCAGAGUCCUGCGUGGGCCACGUAGGAAGCAGCGUGGGGGCUGUGUCUGCUGGGAGGUGGCUUGGAUGGGGAGGACGGCCCGGCACCCUGGCCCCCGCCCCUCCCCAGCCCUGCAGUCCCCCACUGGGCCGGGGAGUCUCUCCAGCUUCUCUCUCUCUGGUUAUUCAGGAGACACAUUUUCGGCCUUAAAACUGGCAUGGAGCGCAGGCCCUCCCUUGCAGAAAAUUAUCAAGGAAGAGGGAGUUGGCAGAGUUUCUCUGCCCCGGGGCUGGGGACGCGGAGCUCCGGGGAAAUUGUUAAAUCAGUGUUCUGGCGCCCCCUGUUGGGGGAACUCUGGAAUUACAGGAGUGGGCUUUGGGGGGGACUGAGCUCCAUCCUUCUCCCCCGCCCCACCCCCACCCAAAGUUGCCCACCCUGUUUUUCCGUUUCAUCGCUGGUCUUGUGCUUCCCGGCUUCAGUCUGGGAGCCAAGAGCCAGCCCCACCUCCCUUCAGAGGACGCAGUGACUUUUGGACUUUCCAGAGGUGGUUCUGUGUUUCUGCCCUUGGCUCCUCUCCGUCUUGGGCCGGGGCACUUGGAGCCCUCUCCAUAUGGCGCCCAGUGUUGGGGGGAGGCAGGCUCCAGUGGAGGCUGAGUGAGGCCUGGUCCCUUCCCCGUGCCCUCCUCGGAGCUGCCACAGAGGCUAAGACGGCUGUCCUGCUGGUGCUGGCCCUGCUGGAUGUGGUAUUGAAGUCUGGGGCAGCUGAUAGCAGGAAGGAGACCCCCUUGGAUGCUGGUCUCCUGGGACCUGAACAGUCUGUCAGCAAUGGCUGGAAAUCCUUCUUCCUCUGGCCACCCCGGGGGUGCUGGGCAACCCCCUUAGCUCUAAGAUGUGGCCACAAAUCUCUUCCCACUCCUCCCCUCGACCUGAACAGAAAGUUUUGACCUUGCAACCUGUAAGAAAGAAUCCGUCCGCAUGACUGUUUACAAGCGAUAGAAACACAUAAGACUCUGUCCCCUGAGCUCCCACCCCCGGGCCGGGGAUGCCCCACCUGGGGUGACUGCACUGUAGCUGCAAGGCGUGUUCUUGCACGAAGUGUGAUCUUAUGGCCCUGCGAGAGGUGCUCAUCAUCAUUGCCCAUUUUCUGCUGUUUCCGAUGGGUCAGCUACCUCACAGCGGGGCCAGCUCUGCUGUCCUGGCAAGUGUCAUUGACUCUCUAAACUUGAAGUCCUUCAGGAGCCCUGAGCCCAACAUCCCUGAGACACCCCGAGUUGUGCUUCAUGAGAGUUGGAUUCUCUGCCCACUCUUUCAGGGAUGUCCAAGGUCCAUGUUAGGGGGCAGGCCCCCAGCUCCACUCACUGCACAAGCACCCUAAAUGUUGGAAGCACAAAAUGGUUGUGAUUUGAGCACAAUGGCAGGGUCUCACAGGCAGACUUGACAGACCCGGGCCGGGAGGUUCCUCCCACGUUGGCUCUGUCCAAAGUGAGAUUGAGGGUGCCUGUGUCUGGGACAGGGGGCUGCCCUUGCUCAGACCAGGCUCAUGGCUUGUCCUAAUUCUGGGACUCGUCAUCUUACUUCUUGCCCUUCUGUGCCCAUCUUAAGACUGGAGGCUGAGCCUUGUCAGGCCCAGCCACAUCUUUACACCAUGGGACCAGGAGUAAAGCGCUCUCUAAACCCCGCACCCCAAAUCUCUAAACGCCUGAGUUCAGGUUGAGUCCUAGCCCUAGUGAGCCUGAAGAGCUUGGACUGAUUCCCAGUCUCCUGGGUCAAGCCCCACUUUGUGCUUUCGAAGCUUAUGAGCAGGUUCCCUGGAUAGAAGGAGUCUUCCAUCCCCACUGCCCUUGGGCCUCUUCAGCAUAGUCCUGUGCCAGGGCCCUGUCCUCACUAUCAGUCAGUUCAGUAUUUGCUUUCACGUGAGUGGCGGACUCCUCUGAAGCAGCCAGAACUCUCAAAGGCAGCACAUGGAGUUGCCUUGCGAGAUUUCCAAGGAAGGAGGAAAGAUUAGCAGGCGGAGCCUGGCACACCCAAGCCUUUGAGGUGGUCAGAGUGCCACCUUCAGCCCCUUGGGAAGGGACAGCGGUGGAUCUGGGAGUGGCCUCACCCUGGAUUCAGCCUAGGAAUCUCUUCCCCCUCAGCUGUCCAGCCCUGCUGCCUGUCUGGGGAUGUGUGGCCUGGGCAGAGGGCAGUUUAAAGCACAAAACCACAUGGGGAGAACACAAGGUCGCGGGGACUUUCUCAUGUGCCUGAUGUGGUGGAGGGAGACACCAGCAGGUGGCUGCAGUGACGUUAGGGAACAUAACACUUCUUUGCCCUGCUAGCUCUCAGCUCUGGGGGGCAUCCCCCGAUGUGGUCUGGGCUGGGAGCAGGCAUAUCCCCUGGUUGUUGCCUGUGCCUGGUCUGUUCACCAUCGUGUUUGUGUGGGCAGAGCCUGCCCUGCAGGAGCAGUGACUUUCUUCCCACUGUGUGUCCCGGACCUGUGGUAUGUGUCCCUUUGCCAUCCCAAACAGGCAACUGUUUGCUGCUCUCCUUGCUUGGCAUAGCCUCCUGGUCAGUGGCCAAUGCCCCACAGGCCUUCCUGGGCCUGGCCCUCCUCUCCUGACUCCCAGAUCCUUCCCUGCCCUCUUAUGUGCAAGGACAGAUUUUGCAGGGAAAGUUCUGUUUCUUCUUUGAUACCUUUGUUCUGUCCCCUGCCCCAGCCCCAGCACUCAUGAUCUUGAAGCCCCUAUCACACCCUAGUUCAGUCCUGUGAACCAUGUCCUGAGGGCCUUGCAGGGAAGUAGGAAAUAGAAACUCCUCCACAAAGAGCCGAGGAUCAGAGAAGACCCCUGAGAUGAAUCAGGGCCCUGCCCUGCCCACCAACUCUUUUCUAGCAAUCAUGCCCUGCCCAGGCUGCAGGCUUCAUUAGGCUCCUGCUGUCCUCCAUGAUGUGACUAGCACAAGGUGUAUAUAUGUUUUGUACCUCUGCCGAUGGCUGUACAUAGUGUAUGAAAGUUAUUUAAGCCUCAUGUUGUACAUUUCUGUUCCUAGAUUGGAUGUGUGUGUUCUAAGAAGUUGUCAUAAAUAAAACCGGAAUGACCAAUGUCUGUCCCCUUCCAGGGGGCUGCUGACUUUUGGCUGGGGCCUUUGGAGAGGGAGUUGGUGGUGGUGGUGGGUGGGUGGGUGAAUGGGUGCAGCAGGCCUCUGGGGCUGGGCCCAGCCUGAUGAGAACUUCCUGAGCUGUGAGUUUGGGGCUUCACCAGUUAGAAAGCAGAGAGCUUUGAGAGCGUCACAUUCUCCUCCAGACUCCAUAUGUUGUCUCCGGAGGCAGGUGCAGUUGCUGGAAGAGUGGGCAGCAGCAUUUGUGGACCAACUGCUAUAUCUUAGGCACUGUUCAGAGCAUUUUUCAUUGUGUCUUCACUGCCCUGUGUGACAGGUGACAUUCUCAUUUUAUGAAAUGAGAAAGGUCUCGGGAUGGAUGUGACUUUCCCAGGAUCACAGCUAGUAAGGACAGAGCCAGGAUCUGCAUCUAGACCUCCCCAACCACAGCAGCCUUUGCCUUUUGCUAACGUAACAUGUACCUCUCUAGGGCCUGGACUACGCUGUGCGUGGCGCACGCCAAACGCAUCUCGGUCCCUUGCCACUUAUGGAAAGAAGGCAAGACUAUAAAAAGAUCAUACAAGAAAAGAGCUCUACAAAGGUCUUUUCUUUUCUUUUUAAAUAGAGAUGGGAUCUCACUAUGUUUCCCAGGCUGGUCUCGAACUCCUGGGCUUAAGCCUUACCUCCCAUCUCAGUCUCCCAAAGUGCUGGGAUUACAAGCGGUGAGUCACUGUGCCUCACCAUGAUUUUUGUCCUAGAUCAGUGCUUUUCAGUCUUUAAGAACCCAUAUUCCCUUUCGAUAACCACGAAUUGUUUCACCAACUCCUGGAGAUUCCGGCCCAUCCCCUGGGCAGAGAGGCCCCUCGGGGAGAAUCCACAUCUUCAUCACCAGCCACAACUGAUUAAAAAGCUUAACUUCCUGAUAUUUGUAUCAGGAAUAUAAUAGGGUUUCUCUUUGCUUUGUUUCCCAAAUAUAAAACCAAAUUGCUUCCUCAGCCUGCGCAGGUCCCCUGCUGUUUGUCCAGACUUAUGGAUGUGACAGGUGCUCUGGCCAGGGAAUUCCUGGAGUCUGUAGGAGGCAGAAGUCACCGUGGGUGGGAGGGCAAAGGCUUCCUGGGGAAGGUUUCCUCUAGAGAGGCUUCUGGUCCUCAAACAGAAAGGCCUUGGUGAGUGAGAGAGGGACCCUGAGCCAUGGAGGGAGACACAAGUGGGCAGAGUUGCCCUGACUUGCCAGCCCCGCUGGCAGGCACAGAGCCUCCUGCCCCAGGAGCAGGUGGCUUCUUGCGGACAGUUGUUUUUGGCUGGCUGACUCGGCAUCACCCAUGCCACUCCCCACCCCACCCUCGCUCCCCACAGGUCCAUAUUUUGCAUAGGAUCCUGCCUGACAGUGGGACAGAAGAGCCCACUGUGAACUGCAGGAAGUGACACCUGGGCAUGGCCAGCUGCAGGCUGGGCAGGGUGUGUGGGCAAGACCCAGAGACCGGCCACUGGGGAACUGGUCACGGGCCAGACCUGGAGUGGACUCCAGCCAUCUGGUUCCUUCUUGCCACUGCGCUCCUCCCUGCACCCUCCAGAAAGUUUGCAGCACAAGGUAAUUUUUCCAAAUGUAGUUCACCCUGUCUCUCGAGGAUGCCAAGGCUCCUGCAGGGUGGGGUGGGGGACAGGAACACUGGGUUAAGAGACUCUUUUCUUCUUUUAAUGUGGGGUGUUGUUUUGUUUCCAGAUUACAUGAAUAAUAUCUGCUUACUUUAGAAAAUUUGGAAAGCAAGAGUGUCAAGAAAAAUCCCAUUUAGGAUAUAACCUAUGGGACAGCUUUCCCAGGCACAAGGGAAUGGCACCUCUCAGAAUUUGGUAAGAGCCAUUCAAUUGUCAGAACUAGGUGGCAUCUUAAAGGUAUCUUUUCCUCAGCCUCUGAAGUUGAGUUUUAAAAACAAAGAUAAUGUUUUCCAACUCUCUGUUUAUAAAUUUACAUUCUACAGAAUUGAGGCCCAGAGAAGCCAACAGAGUUGGCCAAAAUCAUCCUGGGACAGGGAUGGCCCUAGAAUCCAUUACUUUCCAUGCAUUCAUUACCUUGUAUUCAUUAUUUUAUGCUUGACCAAAGUGAGGGGGUGACUUGUGGGGGUGUCAGAACAGUCUUUAAAGUGGGUCUUAUCCCAAUGCACUUGACCGGUUAAUAGAUUUUUAAUAAGAUCUAUCUUUUAUCAUUGCUUGUAACAAAGCAAAACUGCCCUGGCAGAGGCAGGGCACUGCAGGGCAAGUAUCCAGGCCUGAGUGUUGACGCUUGGGGUGUGGUUUGGGCUGUGCCAAGGGCCAGCCAUGGUGGUGUUUCUAUAGAGCAGCGCUGUCCCUGGCUCUGUGGUACCCAAACUCUCUGAUCUUCUGGGAUGUUUUUCACUAACAAUCCUUUAAUAAAUCACUUUCCUUCUUAA